AUGUUCAAUUUAUAUAUGGUCCUAAUGUUUGAUGAGAGACCUUUUGUACAGAUCUGUUGUAGACCACUUUUCUCAUUUCAGCCCUGUAGCUCCAGUGUAUUGCUUAAUGUCAUCCAAAUGCGCAGAUGUUCGAGAAUUGCACACUACGCAACAGCGCAGCUCCGUUCUGAAACCAAUGCGAUGCUUGAACAGGUAGAAGCAAAGUAUUUACAUCUUCAAAACUCAUCGAGCGAAAUACAACAUUUGCAGAAGGAGAUCAGUCGUUGUUUACAGUUCAGCGCAGGUGAUGAGGAAAUUGACCUGGUUCCUUUGGAUGAAUUCUACGCGCAUGCUCCUGAAGGUGUGUCCCGGCCAGAAGUCACAAAGACGAAUGAGCACGAGCAACGAUUAGCACGGUUGACGUGGGAAAUCGCUCAGCGAAAAGCGUGA